AUGUCGGCGGCAAUCACCUACAAUGGAGUACCCGGCGCUCAAGGCACGCUCUUCAAGGAAAUCAGCUUCUUCGUUGCGCAGCGCGUCCCCGACAGGAAAACGAUUCUUGACCUGAUCACGCAAAAUGGUGGGAAGAUUGUCAAGCUGGACAAGCAGGCGGACAAGGUCAUCGCCGAUCACGCCAGGGCAGAUUGUCCGCCGGGAUCACUUCAUUGGGGAUUUGUCAAGGAUUCCGUUGACAACGGCGCUGUGCAAGAAACAGACAAGUAUAUGAUCAGUCAGUCGCCUAUGGCUUCGCGCCCGGUCGGAUCUUCUCGUCCUCCUGCGUUGUCGGCGCCACUCAAGGGAACCCGCACUCCGUUCAAUGCAGCCGACGAUGCACUUCUCGCCAGAUGGGUGCUCUCGCACCCACCAAACAAAAGGAGUGGCAACGAAGUUUACAAAACACUUGAGGAGAUGUCUUGGAGAGAUCGCUGGGUGAAGAAGGUCUCCAAGUUGCCUCAAGCCGCACUAGACACCUUGGUUGCUUCCGCCCCCGAGAUCCAGAUUUCGGUGCCAUCACAAACUCCGACCUCUUCCAGACGUCCCGAAAUUGCUCAAGUAGGAAGGAGACGAUCACCUGCUCCUGUUGCACCAGCUGCUGCACGAUUACCGUCAGCCGGUACUCCCCGUGUAAUAGCCGAUACGCAAGAGGUGGAAAUCAAACCAGAGAUGACUUCUCCAAAAAGAGUCAAUUUUACCAAGGCUGAAGAUGACAUACUUCUACAGGCGGCCAGAGAGCAUGGCCCUCCGUUUACUACUCGCUUCUUCCAAGAUUUUGCAGAGAAAAAUCCUAGCCACUCCUGGACUGCUUGGAGAAAACACUGGGCAGACAAUUUGAAGUCGAAGUUGAAUGAAAAUCUCGAGGACGAGAACCCUUUGCCAAAACAGCCGCCCGCCAACAAUAUCAAACCCAGACCAGACACAGCCCGCAGCGGCCAACCAAAUCAACAAAAGGCAUCGACCGGGCAACCUGAUACUCGUCCCGUCAUCCGGAACUUGGAGCCUGCUGCGUCACUAGUCUCAAGGACUACAGCAGAAAACGAUGGCCACAAGCAGCAGCCAGAGCCACAAGGCGAUGGCGAAGCGUCUCAAGGUGUCUCGAGAGAAGUUUUCUUCGAUCAUCUGAAGACGUUCCGGGAGUACAAAGAUUUGGGCACUGAAAUCAAUCCCGAAAUUAACGGACAGCCCGUCGACAUAUGGCUCCUUUGGCAAGCUGUUAGGGACCAGUACCAGAAAGGAGGGGUUGAAACAGACUGGGAAGCUGCCGCGAAGGCUUUGGGCUUGCACAACGAAGCUGCCCAGCCACUACAGCAGUACUACACAGAGUACGUCGCCGAAUUCGCUGCCAGCGGCUUUUUGGACGAGCCUGAUGCAGAGUCUGAAGAUGAUGAAGCAUCUCAGUCCGGGGAGUAUGAGGUAGACCUAGGAAUGCCGGCGAAGCCCCAAAAAACGCGGUUAGAUACCACUCCCAGCACCUCCAAGAAGAGGUUGGCGAUCACUGUGGAGACCUCAGGUACACCCUCGACUCCAAAUGGUAGAAAGAAGCGGCAGCGUUUUAGCGCAGACGAUGAAAUUCCUUCCACUCCUGACGAGAGGUUAGGGAUUGCAAGCUUUGGAAAUCUUGGCCCUAGCCCUUCGCUCAGCGCCGGGCGGGUACCUAGGGGAAUUCACGACGAUGAAGACGUAGGGAUGGACGGGGAGGUUGAGCGAUCCCCUUCCAGAAGAGCUCGCCGCUUCGAACCAGAGACGCAAGACUUCGCCUUCGAAGAUGCUCCUCGACAAGAAUCACAAAGUAGUGCCGAGUUCGAUAUUUCGCCGUCGCAGCAGCUCCUUGGCGAGGUAGAAGCCGUGACACCCAUGCCUCUGUCGUUCGAGGACAAGGGCAAGGGGGUCGAGAGAAUCCCGGCCGCAAGUCCUGUCCCAGCAUCAGAGUUCCCCGCUGCAGAGGUCGGAGAGGACCCAGAAGAACGGACAGAGCGAGCCAUCCCCGAUUCCCAGGAAUCGGCAGAUAAAACCGUCGAGCUCGAGGACCUGAUCGACCGCUUUGACACGUUCGGUUACGCGCGCGAGGAUAUAGUCACUGCGCUCAACGCCACGUCGCUCUGCACUCCACUAGCCACGGAUCUGCUCAAGUACCUCAGGAAGCACAAGGAGCUACCCAACAACUGGCAAGGAGUUUGGACGGCGAACGAUGACAAGCGGCUACGACGCAUCGAUGAUGCGAAUCCCGAAGCCGGACCUGAUCGGGCGAGGCUGCAAAAGUAUUGGGGUUACCUUGUGAAGAAGCACACGCAGGAACGGAUCGAGCGGAGAAGGGAGUUUUUGGCAUACCUGGAUGAGGUCGCUCAGAGCUCCCAGUGA